CAUCUAAAUCAUGUCACCAUGGAAGAUAAACAGCUGUUUGAUCUGGUGUUUUCUAAAGCACAAUUUAAUUAAAGAGUUCUGCAACAAUGAUUAAAAGUGUUUCUGACCUUCCUUUUGCUCUACUUUAACUUCCCCUGUGUGAUUGUCCCUUUAUUUGCCAUAGCUCCUUUUCUCUCUGUCUCUCUAUCUUUCUCUCUGUCUCUCUCUCUUUUUCUCUGCACUGUGCUGGCAGUGAACUGUACUUGGAGGUUUUUUUGGCAGAUGGCUGGCCGUUCUUUUGGCUGGGGCUAGCCCCGGAGUGUGCUACUGGCUGGGAGAGUAAGGGGAGAGGGAAAGAGGGAGAGAGGGAGGGAAAUAGAAUGGGAGGGAGGGAAGGAGAGAGGGGGGAGGCGUGGUCUCCAGCUGGUAAUGAAGACUUCUCUUUUCAUCCUCAGACUGUAGAGUUGGAGUGGCCGGGGCUGGGGGCUGCAGUGUUCCAGUACACUCUCUCUCUCACUCUUUCUCUCUCCCCCUCUCUCUCUCUCUCUCUCUCUCUCUCUUUUUCUCUCUCUCUAUCUCUCUCUGUCCUUCUUUCUCUCUCUUCCUCUCCUCCUCUUCUUUUCCCUCCCUCCCUCUCCCUCUCCCUCUCUCUCUUUUUCUCUCUCUCUCCUCUCUCCCCUCACAUGAGCCCUGGGUCUAAAUGCGAAGUUCUGGAACUUCUACGGCAGAUAUGAAGCUCUCACACAUGGACUCCACACACACACAGGGCUUAAGGAUGAUUACAGAUGAUCAUUUUCUCUUCGAUGAAACGAGGAGAUAAGGAAGAAGAUAUAAUCUAGUUUUUUUUUCUGCUCGUGCCACUGGAGAAACUUCCAGACUACAGCAGAAUGUCAUUGUGCCACAGACUCCAUAGAUAAGGAGCAGACUGCUGAAUCAGCUACGUUGGCAUCAUGGCAGGAGAGGCCAAACAAACAUAUGCUACCAAAGAGCUGGAUGCAGAGAUCAACCAGGAAGAAAAGAAGAUUGCAAGUGAGCAGUUCAACGCAAAAGCAUUUAAAGGGUCCCCUGAGCACUUCCAGAAUGUGUGUGUGGAGUCACAGACUGUUAACACGAAUACUAAGUUUGUAGAAAAGGAGAAAGACAACCCUCAACAACGUGAAGCUGUUAUCCGGCCACAGCAGGCAGGAAAAAUUGAUUUCAAGUCGUUGCAGAACCGGUCGAACUUUGCCAGUGAUAGAACAUGGCCUAAUGGCAAGGUUAGUCCUCAGUCUCCGAAUGGGAAGAGUCGUAUUCGGGAUAAGGGGAAAAAGUCAGGAAAAACAGAGCGUACUAACCCACAGCAGCUGUGCAGACUGAGUACUACAAAUUCACGUUCCAAUCCCACAAUAGGGAUAGCUUAUCCACAGCAGAAGCUUUCACCUCCCAAGAAGCUGGAGGCCAGCCGAGGCCCUGUCUCAGGCAGCUACAGGUUUCAUGUACCAAAUAUCCCAGAGCGAGAGGCAGAACUGCAGCAGGAGGAGUUUAACCUGAACCGCUGUUUCCAGGAGAGCUCUAACCUCAUUUCUCCAAACUAUACCUCACAACCAGUGGGCUCUGCCGCAGGGGGCUCUACUCACCAGCACCCAGCAUCCACUGCACCUCAGCAACCACCCAUUGCAUUAGAGACUAAUAACACUCAAGCUGUCAACCAAAUGCUUUUCCCUGACUUUCAGCUGAGUGGAGCUGACAUGUGGCAGUCUCCUGACAGGGUUUUUAGUAAUGCUAGUUUUGGGCUCCCAUCACAAAAGUCUAACAGUGUUGUGGAUGUGAAUAAACCCAAUAGCUUUGUUCCAUUACCAUUUCAGUAUGGAUAUCCAUUACUGGAUAAUGCAGACUCCUUUCCUUGUGAUCAGAAUCCACAGCCACAAGAUUUAAUACAAGCAUCUUUGGGUCCCAACCAAGUGACCCAAAACUCAUUUUCUUUUCAGUCCUCUGGGGACGAGCAUGAGGUUGUGCAAAGCAAUACAAAACUGAAUUACGAACAGUCAGCGGACAGGCAAUAUUCUUUACACUCCAAACCUCCACAGUAUGUGCAGACUCCCCAUGCUAUACCUUCGUCUGUGCAUUGCGCAAGAAGUACAGGUGGUAGUGUUAGUAAUGGUGAUAGCAAAGAAUCAAACAAUCAACAACCAGAUAAGAAAAAGAGUGCUAUAUGUGAUAAGUCAGAUAAUUAUUGUCCAGUAGACACUAAGGAUAUAGGUGCCCUUGCAGAGGGGAAAAGAGGCUGCCAUUCAAAGAACAGUACUUCUAGUCAAAGAAUUCUUAUUCAAGGCAGUGUUCAUCACAUCAGAAAUAUUGCACAGACUCAAGGCCCUCAGAUACACUUUUCAAAAAAGACUUACAACAAUUCCCCAACAAAUAUCAUCCAUGUGGGUUCAGCACCUCUUGACAAAAACAGUAGAGUAACACAGCCAUGGGAAGGGCCCAACAAAACCUUUCCAUUACCCUUAGAUCAGAACUCCACCCCGUACCCAUUUCAGUGCCAGCCUCCCCUUGAGCAAAGACAAAAUGCAGGAAUUAACAGCCGCAUGCCCUGGCAGCAGAUCCGCCUUACUGCAGCAAUGCCAAACCAAAACAGGAUUGAGCUUUCCAGGCAACUUAGUAAUCAGCAAAUGGCUUUUUUGAUAACUCCAUCUGACUGGAAUGAGGACAGUAAGUCUCAAAAAAGCAACAACCAGAAAACCUCUAACGAAUUUCCCAGUAGAUCCAGUGAGGUUUUUUCAAAACUGAGGCAAGACAGUGUCAAGCAGGGCUGUAGUACAAUAUCACCAUGUCAGUUUACUAAUAAAGUGGAAUCAAGCCAAAACCAAGUUGGAGAUACUAAAAAUAAGUCAUUAUACUUUCAUCCAGUGCAUGGCUCUGCACCAAGAACUCCCAGUUACCCUCCACUGCAUGUUCCAACUAUGGAACUGAUGAUGGUUUCCCCUUAUGAUUCCCCCUCACACUCACCCAUACAAAACCAAUUAGCUAGCAGCACAUGCUCCUCUCUUUCACCAGACUCUACUAGCCCUGUCAGCAGUUGCUCCGAUGACAGCCAGAAGGCAUCUCCAUCUCAGUUUUAUAACCAGGUGCAAAACAAGCCAUCACUAGACAGCCUUAGUUCUAAUCAGCAUCAAUACCAUUCAGAUGUUUCCCGUAGCCUGCGGUACAACCAAGAAAAAGGCAAAGAGAAUAUUGUGAGUUUUUCAUCAAAUAGCAGACAUUUGAAACCUAACGUGGAAAGUGGGAAAGGUUGCAUGGACAGCUACGGAAUGGAGCACCGUCCACCACCACCAUAUUCAGCUCACCAACUGUUAGCUAGCUCUUUGGCUACAGCAAACCUUGACCAACUGGAUGUACUUCUCACAUGCAAGCAGUGUGAUCAGAAUUUUAAUAACCUGGCUUCGUUUCUUGAUCAUAAACAAUACUGUGGACAGCAUCCCUUUGCACAAAAUGACUUCAAAGAAAAUCGAAAAGUGGAGGAUGCAAAGAAAUUUCAGGCAGAUCACACAAAAGCUAUCCCAACAGGUACCAAUUUUGCCAUGUCACGGAGUUCAUCUGAUUUGCACAUGUCCCUGCUAGGGCUUAACAAGAAUGGGGAGAUAAUGCCUGACAGUGAAGCCAAAGUUGAUGCAAAGGAUGACCCUAUGAAACUCAUGCUGCCAUCUGCAACACUCCCUGACUUAGAGAUUGAAGAUGCUAAGUUAGACAGUCUUAUCACUGAGGCAUUGAAUGGACUUGGUUAUCAGUCAGACAAUGCUGAAAUUGAUAGUAGCUUUAUUGAUGCGUUUGCAGAUGAUGAGAUCACCACUACAAAAUGCUCAUCUAGUCGACAGACUCUGAAAACCAAAGAUUCUGUAAUGUUUGAGAGUCGAAGUAAGCAUGAAUUCACAGCCAGUGAAAAAUCAUUAACACAGCAAAAGUAUACCUUUGAUGCAGACUUUGACUGCCUCACUGCUGAAAGCAAACAUGCUGAUGUUACUUUCAAAGAAAAUAACCAGGAUUUAGAGACACAUAUAGAAGGUAACAGAGAGGAGAACUCUCUUCUAAAGAAGGAAUCCACCUUGGAGGAAACUAACACACAUACAGAAUGGGUUAAAGAGACACUAAAGUCAGAUAAGACACCAGAUAAAAGUGAGCUUGGUCCCAGGUUUCUCUUGUCCAAAAAGUUUUCAGAAAGAGGUGGACUCAAAACUUUACAAAGCAGCACCCCAUCUGUUAAAACACCUACUCUGCAAUCCCCAUCUGCCACUAGGAGUCUGACACCACAGAGGCCAAUAGUGAAGGAGAGGAAAAGGAAAAGGAUCAGUGGAGGGAGUUGGAGUAAGGAGCUCAUUCACAAAAUAGUUCAGCAAAAAAAUAAGCUUCAUAAGCUCCAUGUGAAAGGCACUAAAAACAUGCAGUUCUCACUAGUGAUGGAGAGAGUGACACCUACAAUACAGAAUCCUACUUUCAGAGAGUAUGAUUACAUCUCUGAUUCAGAUGAGGACUGUGAGCCUGUGAAGAUAGCCAGCCAGGGCCGCCUUAGUCAGAGCAUUCGUUGCAAGUACACAUAUACAAAAGAAUGUAAAGGAAGAAUAAGAGCAGAUAAGAACAGGGAAAGUCCAUGGAAGCAAGACAAGAUAGAGAGCUUUGAAUUGAAGAAAGCUGAAACUGUCUCUCCACCUUUAAUAAAAGAAAUCUCUGGCCAUCAAAGGGUGCGUCGGCGAAGCAGCAGAUCUUCAACCAGCAGUGAACUCAGCACAUCUGUGAGUGUCUCCAGCGAGAGCAUCAGUAGCCCUAAAAGCAUUGAUCGCACAGAUUCAGACUGUGAAAAAAGAGUGGAGAUAAGGAAAAAAGAACAAGAUUCCUUUGAUCAGGACAGAUCUCCACAAAGAAUAUUAAAAGAGUCAAGCACAUCAUUAGCUUUGACCUUCACCAAAAACACAAAACAUUAUAGCACUGACAAGAUUCUACUCUCUGAACUCAAAGACAGUUAUACUACGUCAAAGUGUUCAAAUGUUAUCAGUACAACAGAAGAGACUGCAUCAGAGCAUACCUUGACUAAAAGUACUGUCAGCCUUGCAACAUUCAAAACCACCACAGUGGAGGUGGAAGAAAAAAUGGACCACUAUGGCGCUGAAAUGGGAAUUGCUACAAACACAGAGGAGACCACGCCACUCAGCAAAGACUACAAAGAUUGCAAACAAGCGAGCAAGCAUCUCAGAAUGACUGGUAAAACAAUGAAUUCAGUGAAGACCAAAAAUGAUAAAGAAAUCAAAAGAGAUCCUGCUUUAUUAAAAGGAAGAACAUUACACAAGAAGAAAGAGUCACACCAAGAUUCAGACUCUUCUCCAGUCUCCUUUGAGAACUUUAAUAAUGAUAUUUCUGCAAUCGAAGAAACAAAGUCUGCUCAGACUGACUUGUUCUCUGAGCCUCCAUCACUUUGCAGUUCACUUAUGGAUGAAGUGUGUUUAUCUUCUGCUAAAAUGAAUGAUGCACUCCCACAGAAAGACAGAUCAUGUCUUAUGCCAUAUGCAUUAGAGCAUGAACAAAGUCUUAUGAAAUCACCCCUUUCAUUUGAUACAACAUCAAUGUUUGGUGACCUUACAGUUGGUGGAUUUGACAAUAACUUGUAUCCAGAUAUUCAACUAACUAAAGAAAGCUUUGGUCCAAUAGACCCUGCAGCUGACAAGAAAGAGCUGUUUGAGUCAUCCUUUUCACCAUUAUUAGAGCAGAGAGAUUGGGGCCUAAUGGUUGAUGUGACUUCUGAACUACCAGAUGGGAUUGCACCAUACAAAGAGGACUCAGACCUAGCAAAUAAUAAAAAGAUCUGUUUUAACCAAGUCCCUUUCCCACUGACAGAGAAAAUAAUAGACUACCAUCCAAAUCUCAGUGGUUGUGUCUCUGAUGAUGAGCUUGAGAUUAAAAGAAUUGUGACAGAACUUGAGAGCCAGCUCCAGUCAGCUAAGCUAAGUAGUCCUUCUCCACUUGAUGGUGAGCCACCAAAACACUUGACUAUGAGUAAAUUUUCACCAUUAAGACUGGAUGAUCAUGUUACUGGAAGUGAUCAGAGUAGCUUGGAGGUGGUUUGCCAGUCAGAAAGCUUGAGACUUGCUGCACCAGCAGACUCCCACUCAGAACUAUUCUCUGAACCUGACCUGCCAUGGUCCAGUCCAGUUCAGUUUGGGUUACUGGGUGGACAACAGUGUCUUCACACUCCAACGCACCCGACUGUGACAGACACCACACUUCAUUUAGGCACAGAAAGCUUACAUGAAAAGGGUGGUGCAGAACUAAAUAUUCAAAACACAGACAAACCAGGAGAAGACGAAAACAAUGGAGAAAAAACAGGGAGUAUUGAUCCUCUGGGCAAAGCUAUGGCCAAAUCAGAAGAAAUGAUUGAACAGGAAAUAUACACGGAAAACCUCAUGAAAAGCCUAGAGGUGAUCUCAGAUUCUUUAUCGUCAGGGCUGGAAACCGCUCAAUCAUCUGUUCAUCAAAAAGAAUGCUGCAAAGAACAGGAAAAGGAGGAUGGUGAGGAAAAGACAGAAAAGACUAUGUUCACAAUUGAGUCUGAAAGAAUGGACUCUAGUUACUCUGUGGAGGAACAUACUGAAUGCUUAUCGGAUGUAAAUAAAACAUUAUUGGAACAACCCCCCAAACUUAUAACAGGUGACAUUUGUGAGCCAAAUGUAGGUGGCAAAACAGAAAACUUCAGUGAUGUUGAGAGUAAUGAUGUCAGUCUGCAUGACACAGAGGUAAAUGAGCCAAAACCAGCAAGCACUUGUGUUUCGAUCGAUUACUCAAAAGACUCAACGUUACCCUCUGUUAUAUUUGAUCAUGAAACUUGUCAACCACCAGUAGAGAUGGGGAACGUUAGUCCUGAAGUAGGAAAUGUGGAAGAUUUUCAUUUAGAAGGUCCUCCCAACAAUCCAAAUGCCCUGCCAACAUUACCAGAUGUUCUAAAAGAUGAAAGCACAAAGACACUUAAACAGGAAAGCAGCCAAGCAGAAGAAAUGUUCAUAGAAACAAAUGCUACCAAAGAUUGCAAAGGCAUGCAUGAAACCGCAUCAGUAAAUUAUAGUACACAAGUCAAUAAGAUUGAAAAUGGCACGGCUGAGAGAGCAAAAGCAAAUGAUACAAAGCCAGAUAGUGGUUCAGUCUUUGAAAUAAGAAUUAAGUCUCCUUAUAGUAAAAAUGCCCAAAUUCUGGGGAAAGACACAGGCAUGAUGAGCACACAUGAGCAAUCACAAAUGGACAAACAGGAUCAGAACUGUGAGGACACAUUGAGAAUGACAUUUUCUGAUGCACACAGUUCAAUUGGAGAGAAUAUACAGACCAAUCUUCCUGAGAAUCCAAAACUAGAAUCUGUACCACCAAUUAGCCCAUCGCCAUUGGUUCCUCCCUAUGUUUCUGCAAAGAGUUCCCCCUUGCAAGGAGAAAAGAGUCUAUUAACCAGUUGUUGGACCAAUAUUAAUAUAAUUAGCCCUUCUUUGAUUGAAGAAACACUAACCAUUAAAGGUUCUGCAGAUAUAGAUAAUGCUAGGUCACUUACUUGUGAGUCAUCCAACACAGCUACUAAGAUAAGUAAUUCAUUUGCUUCCAAUCUGAACCAUCCUAAAACUACAGAAAACAAAAUAUCCAGCCCCAGAACAAUGUUAACUGUGGACAGCAUCUCCAAUCAUCCUUUUUAUGAUGCAAAUGAGAAAUCAGAAUUAUUGGAUGUUACCCAAAACAAAGACACAUUAUAUGAAUUCAAACUAAGCCCCAUGAAUUAUAGUGAAACAAAGUUCACUAGCUGCAGCCAAAGUUCUAAAAACUUAAAUAAAAGUAUUGAUGUUCAGUCCAACAUUAAAUCAAGCCCAAAAGACAGCCUCAACCUUAAUGCUUGUGCACUAACUCUCAAUACGGAGCUAUCACCAAAGUGUCGACUCAGUCCAAUACAUGUUCAAAAUGAGCUUGAACUAUCUACCUAUGAUCACUUGGUCAAACUGGACAUACCACAUUUUCAUGACAGUGCCAACCAAAAUGAUAUUAAAUACUGCUGCAUUUCACCCACCAAUAAUCUACAUGUAGAGCACAGAGCUUCAGAUGAUAAGGACCAACUCUCAAAGCUUCACCAAAAUAAUAUGAGCACUUGUCAUGUUCCACUUGAUUCUAUUGAUUACAUGGAUUUAAACAUUAAUCUUCUGAGGAAGGCAGAUGCUGAGAAUCUACAAAGUCAGAUAACUACUUUUAAACUGGACUCAUUGCCUCAGAACCCUAUUAUGUCUGAUGUUCAAGAAACACCAAAUCUGAAAGAUCAGAUACCAGCAGCAUCCCUAAGUUUUACAAGUUUGCCAAGCUCAGUAAUGACUCUGUGCACAAAGCAGUCAGACAUAAAGCCCUCGCCAAAAAAAUGUGCUGCACAGAAUGCAGUUCAAGGAAAAUUUCAGUGUGAAAUAUGCUUGAUGUACUUUCGCACUCUACCUGGACUUAAGCGACACAAAGCCAUGAAGCACACAGUUAAAACUGAAGGAAUAACAACACAAAAGCCAACUUUGAACAACCAAGGCUUUGCACCACACCCAGUGGAUACAGAGCUAAAAGAUAACUUGAGGAUCCUUGAUCCAGUGGUCUUGCUGAAUCCUGGCAAUGAUGGCACACCUGUAACACACUGUAAUCUAACAGCUCUGAAUUCAAUAUUUGAAGGCAAAACCAAAGAAUUACAUGUUUCACAAAGUACAGUGUGUAAUGACAGUGAAGACAUGCCUCCAAUAAUUGAGAAAGCAAAGAAAAAUAGCAAAGUUAAAAGAAGCAAGAGCAUGGAUGUCAACAAUGAAGGGUUUAUUCACAAACUGGUAAAAAAGGACCCUUUCCCAGACGAAUUGCUCAGUAUACUCAAAACAGACAUCCUACAGGCAAUUUCUCCAGAUUUUCCCACAAUGGCACAAACAGAAUGUCCUGAGUCACCAGGAAAACUAAGCCCAGCUAACAUUCCAAGUUAUCAAGAGGUAAAAGUCGCAGAAAAUGGCCAGGACUUAGUAAGUGCUUGUGUUAAUGAGCAAGAGAUACCAACUUUUCCCAAGUGCCCUGAAGUCUUCCACCCUGGAGCUGAAGGAGACAGUACAACAACAAAACCAGAUGGUUGUGAAAGCCUAAAUGCUUUGGAAAAUGAUGGCCACGCAAACACCACCAUAUCUGGGGAAUGUAUUGCCAUUAAAGAAAUAUGUGAUCCAUGCGAGGAUCUCUCAACUGCAAUCAAAAGUGAGACCACAAUUUAUCCCACGGAUGAAAAUGGCUCCCAGUGUGAGAGUUAUAAAGAUCCACCAAUAUGCCACAGUGGACUGAGAACUGACCUUAAAGAUCUCUUUGAUGAUGAAAACACAUUCUCCCAAUUAUUCCCAAGAAAUGAUGAAAUGAAAAGGAAAAAGUGUGCACGUGUUUAUGGAAAAAGUAAUAAAAAGCAGAAACAAAUGCCAAGCUUAGUUUCUGACUAUACUGUCUCAAACACAUUUUCUGAAAACAAUGACGAGCAUAAGAAGAAUCCAGACAAUAUAUUUGGCAGUGUGGAUGACCAUUGUGAAUAUGAAACAAUAUCACUUGAUGAUGCUAAAAUGCUUGAGAUGUGCCACAAGAGCACGCUUAAAACUUCCCCAAAGAAAGGUUUUCCACAAACUCCCAUAUCAGAUCAUCAGGUUGUGCAUGAAGACACUCAAGAAGUGAGAAUUAGUGACUUUUUAUGCCAUACAGAGGGUGCCAUUCUUAAACCUACAGUAAACUUAAAUGAAUCUGAAGACAACAAUAUAGACACAGGGUCAGAUGGCAAGAAAAACUGUACAUCUGAUGAGACUUGCCAGCUGCAGAUGGUCUGUGCUCAAGAUAAUGUCCCUCGCUACCCAAGCAUUGACAUUCAGAACUUUAGUACUACAUUUCAGCUCCCAGAAAUCCCACUGUUUGAGUCUGAAAGAGAUAUGUCUGUGGUUGAGGAAAUUGUGCCCAAGAAAUCCCUCAAGAAACCCACAGAACGCAGGAAUAGGAAACGAAUUGAGACUGGACUGAAGCCUAAGGACAAGCAGUACAAAUGCAAGGUGUGUUUCACAUGGUUCCUCACAUUAGGGGAGCUGGAUUUCCACAAGCUUUCUCACAAUCCUUCACCUCCUCCAACUUGUUAUAUGUGUGUCCAGCGCAAAUUUAGCUCACGGGAGCAACUUCGAGACCAUCUAAAGGAAAAGCAUGUCAAGAAUAAAGCAGGUGUCUGGACUUGUGGCAUGUGCUUAAAGGAAAUAUCGGAUGUUUGGAUGUACAACGAACACCUGCGGGAGCAUGCUACACAAUUUGCCCGAAAGGGUCAGUCUCAAAGUUCCCUAUUGGACAUGCCAGGUUGCUUCAUGCAGGAGAACGCUGUGAAGAACUUCAUCUCUUCAAUCAUGCAACAUCAGUCGAAAAAGUCUGUCAAAGGGGAGAAUGCCAAAUUAUCUAAGGAGGAGAGGAAAGCUUCUACGGAUGUCUCUGGAGUAGAACAAAAAUCCUCAGACACGGCUGAGCCUGAAAAUAUGAAGAGCAAAGUAGUAAGUGCUGGAGGAGGAAGCAAACAUAGUAUAUAUACACCCUUUGAAGUUCUUCCCAAAACAGACUCCACCGCAAAAAAUGUUGAAAUGCAUCCCAACUGCAAAGAUCCCUCACGGGAUUGUCACCACUGCGGCAAACAGUUUCCCAAACCAUUUAAGCUUCAGCGACACUUGGUGGUUCACAAUUUGCAAAAGAUUUUCAUGUGUCACAAAUGUCCAGUUUCAUAUCAGCAAGCCAAGGAGCUUAAAGAUCACCUAAAAAGUGAACAUGAGGAGGUGGAUGAGCCUGAUUCAAAGCACACUACCUUGUACACAUGUGAGCUCUGUGCUGAUGUUAUGCAUGUAAUUAAGAAGUCCUUCAUCUGCAGUACCUGCAACUAUACUUUCUCUAAGAAAGAACAGUUUGAUCGCCACAUGGAAAAACACCUGGCAGGAGGUAGCAAGAUAUUUAAGUUUAGGGGAGUGGUGAGACCCUACAAGUCUGAAGAGGAUGACAUUGAUAUGCCACCAGAUAAGAAGAGGAAGGUGCUGCCUGAGAAUUCUCAAGAAAACAGCUUGAGUGUUCCCAGCAUACAAAGUACAGACAUACAGAGUCAGAAACCAGUCAUAGACAACUAUGCAUGCAGCAGCACUGAUGAAGACAAACAGCCUACUGACACAAAUAAUACAAAUGUAAAAAUUGAGGACGUGGCAGAAGACCUAACUGGGGCUCUGGAAGAACUGAGGGAGCAUCAACCCCAAAUGACUUCUGCUGAAAACACCCUUAACACAGAAACAAUGACCAAGGUAGAAGAAAACGAUACCAAAGAGAUUGGUACAGAUUUCAAAGGUUCCCUGACUAAUAUCUGUGAUGUUAAAGUUGAAGAUGAUUGUGGAGCAAUUCAGACCACAUCAACAACAACAAUUCUAAAUGAGAGUAGUGUCCUUGAUAACAAGAUCAAAGAAUACCCAGAUUUGGUAAAUGCAGAUGAGAUGGAGGCAGAUUCAGAUCCGUGCAUUUUGCAAUUUCCUAAUCAAACAACUAAAAGCAUGAAAAGCCAUCAAACAGAAGACCUGUUCCCUAAAGGGGACUACAGUCCCAAUGUUAUCGAACUGCCAUCAUUACCCUGUGAAAUAAAUCAACUCAGGCAGGACCAGAUAAAUGAAUGUACAUCUACAGGGAGAAAUGAAAAUGAACAAGUCAUGAACAACAUUGAACAGCCAGUAUGUGUUCCGGGAAAAGAAAGAACAUCUGUUAAAUCAGAGGACAACAUUAAACAAAGCCUUCACAAUAUUACAAAGCCCGGAAGCAUUGGCAUCACAGAUGCUGCAGGUGUAAAUCAUGCCAAGAUUUCCCUUAGCUCCAUUACAGCCAAAGAAAAGGACUGUUUGAAACUGAAAAAAAGGAAAGAUCUCAAGACGAUGCCAAGUUCGCCAAGGACAACAUCCACUGUUACACGUGAGAAUCUUGGAAUUGAGCAAAAAGUUAAAAAGAAAUUUCGCACCAACAAAUGUGAGAGACUUGCUGGUCAAAGAAAAGGUGACAUCUCUAUUGACUAUCCUGUGCUCACAUCAGUAAAGGAUGAAAUGUCCAGUAACAAAAUUGUCUCGAAGCACAAAAUCGGAACUCUGGACCUACAACCAAAGAGAGGCUCUGACAAUUUUUCACCCAAGAAAGGAGAGCUCAUUCGUCAUUUGAAUUGGGAUUGCAGAGGGAAGAAAGGUGUACCUGGUAGAGCCAUUCAUUCUGCCACCUCUAAGGUGUCAGUAACCUCCCUGAACAAUUCAUUUAACAAAUCCCGUCCCAAGCUUGGGGUCAAGUCUGUAGACACGCAAUCUUAUCAUACUGCGGAGUCACACAACAGCCUCCUUAGCAAGCUAUUUGGCCAAAGACUCACUGGUUUUAAGAUUCCAUUAAGGAAGGACACUUCUGAAUCCAUUAACUGACAAUUAGAUGCUACUAAGGAGGAGGGAACUAUGUUAUCCACUAGUUGGCCAAGACAAUUUUGUAAAUGAGAAUGAGAUUGUAUGCCCCUCCUCUCAGAAAUAUAAUAUUUUUUAAUUAGUCACUUUAUUACCUUGUAUCUUUUUGUAAAUGUUUUUACAUGCUGGUGAGGACAUGUGAUUAAAGUUUAUAAAUAUGAAAUGAACUAGCUGGUUUGCCAGCCAACCUUUACAAAAAAAAAAACUUUAUUUUCUCUACCUUGAAGUUACAGAGUUUGUAUUUCAUGAAAAAAAUGAAAAAUAAUGGGAAAAAACAGUACUUGAAAGUUAACUGAGAUUUUUUUUCUCAAAUUAUGCAUGACACAAUCACCAUGUGUUGUAGAUGGGUUUUAUUUUAUUUUUCUUUUCCGCAACAGUACCAAAUGUUAUUCCAUUUCUGAACUACAUCAGUGUGCCUUUUUUGUACGCUUCAAAGAAUUACGCCUUUAUACUAAAUACUUACUGUAUUGCAGUGACAUUCAGUGUAUUAGCUUUUGUAUAAGCAUAAUUGGUGCUAUAUUAUUUUGAUUCUUUAUGUAAUGUGAACAUAAAUGUCCUCUAACUGAAGGGAACAUGUAGCGGAUACAUUCAUCAAAUCAUUCUUGCUGGUACUCUGUAGUUUCUAGGGGAAAUUAUAAAACAUACUGUGCAGAAAGAAAAGGGUUGAAAAGUUUUUAUUUGGUCUCCUCAAAAAAAGGGGGUAUUGGGAAGGAUCUUUUUCAUGACUAAAUUCAGUAUAAUAUCUGUUUGAUUUGAUGAACUCAGGUGCUAACAAGGAAAACUCUUGCGCAUGAACCCCUUUUUAGGAAUUCCUCUCAUGCACUGAUGUUACUACAUACCAAAUCCACAAUCAGUUAGCUAGAUGUCAUCCAAAUGUUUUAUUAUUAUUACUUUUAUUUACUAGAACACAAAAGGUGCUUUAUCUUGUUUAUAUGUAUCUUAUAUUGUAUUAUAUUGUAGGUAGAUUAUUUCUGGUGCAAUGCAUAAUGUCAAAGUUCUAUUUUAAUAAUGUGCAACAGAUGAAGAGAAUGAGAAAAGGGAAUUGCUAAGCCAAGCAAAGGCUUAUAAGUGGUUCACAAAAUGCCUCAUAUAAAGUUGGUUAUUAAAAAUC